AUGCUCCUUCCAGGCAGCGCUGGCGUAGUCGAUCCCUGUGAACCCGGAGGCGUCCGACUGCACUCGUACAUUGCUGUAAGAGAACAGGACGAGAUAUGCUGCACUGCUCAGACUCUUCUACGUGCUCUCUUACAUGGGUCCUACGAAAUGCUAUUCAACUAUGAUGAGUACGAGGAUGAAUCAAAUGCUACCUUUAUGCGAACUGUCUCUUCUAUCACCUGGUCUCAACCAGUUAUCACAUCGUCAGACGAGCAGUGA